AUGCAUUUAAAGCUAGGAGCCAGUUUGGCUGUGCUGGCCGUCAGCCAUGUGACAGCUCUCUCGCAGAUAACAGAUGAUGAGAUGGGGUCACUCCUCGAUGCAGGCGGCGUAGAUCUAGCAGACCGCUACGCGCCCAUGUGGUUCUUUGGCCAAGCCCUGAAUCAGCCACCUUGCUAUCCAACCUGGGCGUAUGGCGGCUCACCAAACACAGCGGAUGUCUACGACAGCACCCACAGGACACCGGGUGCGCCGCAGUGUGAGUACCCAGAUGUCGGGUGCAAUUGCCGCAACCCUGGCGUUGAUGCCGGGAAUCCGGGUCCUGCAUUUCCUGUGUAUUAUACAUACCGAAAAUGCAGCGAUACCGAGGUGCGCGUCGUGUAUAAUCUCUUUUACGAGAAAGACGGCGCAGAGUUUGUUGGCAUCGACACUGGACAUGACUACGACUGGGAGCGAGUAGUAAUCAUUCACUCUCGGGAUGACAGCAAGAUGUGGGCGCCAUCGCGCGCCCUGCUCUCUGCGCAUAGCGGGUACCACAACCUGGCCUGGGGUGAUAUCCAAAACACCCUAACGACCAACGAGGUCAACGCCGGAAGUGCCAAAGACCCGAACGGUGUACGGAAUAAUGACCAUCCCAAGGUGUAUGUGUCGUGGUCGAAGCAUGCUCACUUCGAUACUCGCAAUACCGGGUGGAACGACCCGGCGAGUCAGUCACUGGAUAAUGCAUUCCGGAGCGAUGAUUGGUGGUAUUUUGUCGAGCCACAGUACUAUAUCCGAGCCGAUGAUAGUACGGAGGCUGGUAAGGUUAUUGGGGCUGCUAAUUGGGGUAGCGCAACUAGUGACCCGGUGUCGGUGCACUCUGGUGUAUGCAAUGCCUCAUAG